AUGGCGGAUCCUAGCGCCUCGACCCCUGGCGAUACGUCCGUGCAGGGUAUGUUUGGCAUCGGUUGUUGUCAAUUUUUGUCAGGCGAGAUAUCGCUGGAACAUAUCGCUAAUCGCAAAGACGACUGCGUGCGUUUCUUGGAAAAGCGGAGUUUGGAGCUUCUGUGUUUCACCUAUUCGUCAAGUCCGGAGAGGGCGCAAGAAUUUAAUCGAGUUCUCGAAGACGAUUUAGAUCGCAUAUUGCUCGACGCACACAAGCAACUUGCCAUUUAUAGGCUCUAUGGUGAGGAGGGAGGUAGCACAUUUUCUAAAACACGCCUGCGUCAACUGGAGACCAUAACUCGUGAGGCUGAGCAGUGCUAUGAGCGUUUCGAAGCUGCGAAACGCAACAACCCAAACCCUUCUAUAACGGCUAUUGUACCUAUUUUUGGUACAGAUGACCUGGAAAACCGUGUACGUCAGAGUCUUGCGGAGCAAGAAAAUGUGAAUAAGGCGUUUUCUAACCUUAUGGAUAAUUGCAAACGUUUACUUGAAAGUUCAGAGCAGAUGCAGGUGGCAACAUUUACGGGUGUUUGUGUUCGCGAUAAGGUCGCCGAAGACCUCCACGCGGCAUGUUUGUCUCAAGCGGCAUCUGAGUUUACUGUAGAAGGUUGGCUACGGAAGAUCAAGGAAUGCCAGGCCACCAUGCAGACCAUUCGAACUGAGGCCCUCACAUUCUUUCGUCAGAAAGAAUCGACACCUGAGCUUUCAUGUCUGGAUUUGCCGGAUAACGUCGAGUUGCGGCCGUUUGACCUCAACGAUCUGUCACGUCUAGAGCUUACUGUUCGUGCGCCCGAGGGUAUUUGGCGUGACAUCCCCGUAAGGUUCGAAUGUGUAAUUCCUGAGGGUUAUCCUCAUGAGCGUUUACGCGUACGUUGUUUAAGUGCGUUCUUGUUUAGUGGCAAGAUGGGUAACACUCAAGGAGAUUUGAACCAAAACCAAGAGAACAAGAACGGUAACAAUGAUGGUACCCCUAGGGAGAAGCCGCCACCUCCCGUCUUUGGUAAAAAUAAGAAGAAGCAGCAACGCAACUUCGCACCGAUUCGUAUCCCUACAGUGACACCGAGCACUAAAUGUCGUUUACGGCUUCUAAAGCUUGAGCGUAUAAAAGACUAUCUACUGCUUGAGGAGGAGUAUGUGGCUAACAAGAUACGUUUGAACCCUACAAAGAACAAGAACCAAGAUGAUCUUGUUCGUUUGGAGGACUUGCGCGGCAGUCCUAUGAGUGUGGGUACUAUGGAGGAGAUGAUCGACGACAACCAUGCUAUCGUUACGAGUUCUAUGGGCCCGGAGUAUUAUGUCAACAUUUUAUCGUUCGUUGAUAAGACUUUGUUGGAGCCCGGCUGUUCUGUGCUUUUGCACAACAAGACCAACAGCGUUGUUGGUAUAUUGCUUGACGACGUCGAUCCUUUGGUGUCUCUGAUGAAGGUCGAGCGUGCACCUCUUGAGUCUUAUUCUGACAUCGGUGGUCUGGAGGAGCAGAUUCAGGAGAUCAAGGAGGCUGUUGAGCUCCCACUGACCCAUCCUGAGCUGUAUGAGGAGGUUGGCAUUCGUCCACCUAAAGGUGUAAUUCUCUACGGGCCUCCAGGUACUGGCAAGACCCUGCUUGCUAAGGCGGUUGCCAAUGAGACCUGCGCGACAUUUUUGCGUGUUGUUGGUUCGGAAUUAAUUCAGAAGUAUUUGGGUGAGGGUCCCAAAUUGGUGCGUGAGAUGUUCCGCGUUGCGGAAGAGAAUGCCCCUUCUAUCAUUUUCAUUGAUGAGAUCGAUGCAAUCGGUACCAAGCGUUACGACGCUACAAGUGGCGGUGAGAAGGAGAUCCAGCGUACCAUGUUGGAGUUGUUAAACCAGCUUGAUGGUUUUGACCCUCAAGCUGACGUGAAGGUGAUAAUGGCUACCAACCGUAUCGAAUCUUUGGAUCCCGCACUUAUUCGUCCGGGUCGUAUCGAUCGUAAGAUUCAGCUUCCUAAUCCUGAUACUAAGACCAAGCGUAAGAUUUUCGAGAUUCACACUUCUAAAAUGACCAUGGCUCAAGAUGUUGAUUUGGAAGAGUUUGUGAACACGAAGGAUGACCUUAGCGGUGCUGAUAUCAAGGCUAUUUGCACUGAAGCAGGUUUACUUGCACUUCGUGAGCGCCGUAUGCAAAUAACACAGGCGGACUUACGCAAAGCUCGUGAGAAGGCACUCCAGCUGAAGAAGGGCAAUAUCCCGGAGAGCCUUUACUGUUAG